AAGCCAAUCACGUGGACCCGUCGUCAUCAAGUGACACCAUCUGCAGCACCAGCCUCAUCCCUCAACCCCAACCUUGGUCUUUGGAGAUUACCCGCUCGGUCUCUUUACUCUUCCCUGUGCACUCUUGAACUUCCCGGACUUAUGAUCUAGUAUCGAGGGUUUUUUCAAGCCACCGAGCACACAGACACCACACCAAAGACAACGACUAUUUGCAACUAUGAAGUUCUUAUCUGCCACCGCCCUGCUUCUCGCCUCUCCGCUCGUUGCAGCGGCCUCCUUGCCAUCUCUCUUCGACCCUUCGCAGGCCCCGAUUCGUGCGGAGGAUGAGCGCAAGAAUCCAGUGGAAGGCGACAAUCCUCUAGAAUUCUGCGAGCCUCCAUCCUCUCAUCUCCUCACGAUCGAUUCCGUCGAUCUGUCGCCCAACCCCCCUCUGCCUGGCGAGACCCUCACAAUUACCGCAUCGGGUACCUUCCAUGAAACCAUCACCGAGGGUGCUAUCGUGAAUGUGGAGGUCAAAUGGGGCGUUAUCACUCUGGUGAAGCAGACUAUGGACUUGUGUGAUCAGAUCGAAAAUGUCGAUCUCAAGUGCCCCUUGGAGAAGGGCAAGAUGACCUUAACGAAGCAAGUUGAUUUGCCCAAGCAGAUUCCUCCGGGUCGCUACUCUGUGCUUGCUGAUGUUUACACCGAGGAUAAGAGGAAGGUCACCUGCCUCAAGGCCGAUAACAUCGAGUUCCAUAUUAAGUUCUAAUCGCUGUUCGCACAUGGGAACCAGCUCCCCUACUUGCAUCCACACUCCGGGUGGCCUCGCUUGUCCAUUCCACGUUGCAGUCUUCCACUCUUUCCUUGAUUGAGCCCCUCUAUGCUAGUAACGCUUUUGCCUACGUCUUGUAACGACCUUAGUAUCUGUUUGAUCUUACCUUUUACUCAAGUUUUCUGCCUUUUACAAGCCAUGCAAUCCGUUGAGAUAUCAUUAUGCUUCUGCCACUCCUGCUCGAUUUUGCAUCUCACUACUUGGUUACCUCAGACUUGAUUCAAGCCAGGCGCUCUAGUUGUGGUCCUGA